AUGGGCUAUCGAUCGUCGUCGGUUAUCGAUCAGCAUUAUGGAUUAUCGAUAAGCGUUAUCGCAUUAUGGGUUAUUGAUAUAGUUAUCGAUUAUCGAUCGGCCUCAUCGGUUAUCGGGUCAUCGUUAUCGAUUAGCGAUUCAGCCUCAUCGAUUAUUGAUCAGCAUCGGUUAUUGAUCAUCGUCAUCGAAUUAUCGAUCAGCAUUAUGGGUUAUCGAUCAGCACCGUCGGUUAUCGGUCGCCGACUGUCCGACCUCCACGACCCUAGCGGGAAGAAGCCGGUGAUGGUCUACAUCCACGGCGGGUCGUACAUGGAAGGCACCGGGAACCUGAUCGACGGCAGCAUCCUGGCCAGCUACGGCAACGUCAUCGUCGUCACGCUCAAUUACCGCCUGGGCAUCCUGGGGUUCCUGAGCACCGGCGACCAGGCGGCCAAGGGCAACUACGGGCUGCUGGACCAGAUCCAGGCGCUGCGCUGGGUGGAGGAGAACGCGGCGGCCUUCGGCGGGGACCCCAAGCGCGUCACGGUGUUCGGGUCCGGGGCGGGGGCCUCGUGCGUCAGCCUCCUCACGCUCUCCCACUACUCCGAAGGCCUGUUCCAGAAGGCCAUCAUCCAGAGCGGCAGCCUCUCCAGCUGGGCCGUCAACUACCAGCCCGCCAAGUACGCCCGGGCGCUGGCCGAGCGCGUCGGCUGCGCCGGCGGAGGGUCGACGGCGGGAUCCGGCCCCGCGGCGGACUCGGCGGCGCUGGUGGAGUGCCUGCGGGCGCGGCCCCAGGCGGAGCUGACGCGUCAGUGGAUCCCGCCGGCGGCGCCCUACCACGUGGCGUUCGGCCCCGUGAUCGACGGGGACGUGAUCCCGGACGACCCGCAGAUCCUGAUGGAGCAGGGCGAGUUCCUCAACUACGACAUCCUGCUGGGGGUGAACCAGGGGGAGGGGGCGCGGCUGGCGGAGGGGGCGGCCGGGGGGGAGGGCGAGGGGGGCGGGCUGAGCGCCGGGGCGUUCGAGGCGGCCGUGGCGGGGUUCGUGGACGGGCUGUACGGGCUCCCCGAGGGCCGCGCGGCGCUGCGGGAGACGGUGAAGUUCAUGUACACGGACUGGGCGGACCGGGACAACGCGGAGACGCGGCGGAAGACGCUGGUGGCGCUGUUCACGGACCACCAGUGGGUGGCGCCGGCCGUGGCCACCGCGGACCUGCACGCGCAGUACGGGUCGCCCACCUACUUCUACGCCUUCUACCACCGCUGCCACGACGCGGCCUCCGACCCCGCCGCCCCCCCGCCGACCCCCCCAGGCUCCGCCCCCUCCGCCUCCUCCGCCCCCGCCAGGCCCGGCUGGGCCGACGCCGCCGCCCACGGGGACGAGGUGCCCUACGUCUUCGGGGUCCCCCUGGCCCCCGGCGACGCCCCCGCCGCCGACCUCUUCGCCUGCAACUUCUCCCGCAACGACGUCAUGCUCAGCGCCGUCGUCAUGACCUACUGGACCAACUUCGCCAAGACCGGGGACCCGAACCAGCCGGUGCCGCAGGACACGAAGUUCAUCCACACGAAGCCGAACCGGUUCGAGGAGGUGGCGUGGGGCAAGUACACCCCGCGGGAGCAGCUGUACCUGCACAUCGGGCUGCGGCCCCGGGUGCGAGACCACUACCGCGCCACCAAGGUGGCCUUCUGGCUCGAGCUCGUGCCCCACCUGCACGGCCUGCACGACCUGGCGCAGUACCUGUCCACCACGACCCGGGCGCCGGGGUCGGAGGGCGCGGCGGGCGGGACUUCCGUGGGCGGGACUUCCGGGGUCAGCGUGGGCGGGACUUCCGGGUCGUUCCCGUACCGACGGUCCGCCUGGCCCAGCACCAAGCGCCCGGCCCUGGGGGGCGGUGGUGGGCGGAGCCCGGCCCGGCGACCCCACCCACCGGGGUCGGAGGGGUCGGAGGUCAACCCCGCGGCCGACCCCGGGGCGGUGCUGAUCGAGACGCGGCGCGACUACUCGACGGAGCUGAGCGUGACCAUCGCGGUGGGCGCCUCCCUCCUCUUCCUCAACGUCCUGGCCUUCGCCGCCCUCUACUACAAGAAGGACAAGCGGAGGCACGAGACCCACCGCCGGACCCCCGGCCCCACCCCGCGGCCCCCCCCCGACCCCCGACCCCAACCCCCGCCGCCGCCCGGCCCCCUGCCCCGCGCCGACCCCGCCCCCGCCCACCCCCCCGACUACGCCCUCGCCCUGCGGCGCUCGCCCGACGACCUGCCCGUCGGGGUCGGGGUCGGG